UUGUUUCUAACCACUCUUUUAAAUUAAAAAUCCUUACACUUGGCAAACAUACAAUACAAUUGAAUAGUUGUAGAUGCCUAAAGCGAAUCAUAGUUAGUUUAAGAAAAGAGAAAUGAUAUUUAAACGUAGGAGUGAAUUGGCAGUUGUGUUGUGUCAAUAGUGACUAACAGCAGUCCAUUUACGGGCACUAUAAAAGUUGUCAUUCGAAAAGCAUAAUUGCAUUAAAGAAAAUUGUUAGUAGUAGGCACAGGAACAAGCACAUGGUUCGUGUGAAAUCUCUACUCAAGGAGACGAGCAUGAUGACGUUUCUUGCGAUUUUUCUUCUCUUAUCAGACCCUUUUGGUGUUGCAAAUGCAAAUUCUGAAGGUGAUGCUCUGUUCGCGUUGAGAAAAGCUGUGAAAGACCCAAAUAACGUUCUACAGAGCUGGGAUCCAACUUUGGUGGAUCCUUGUACAUGGUUUCAUGUUACCUGUGAUGAUGAUAAGCGAGUUACCCGACUAGACCUCGGACACGCAAAACUAUCAGGCCCUUUGGUUCCAGAGCUAGGGAGGCUCCAGCGCCUUCAGUUUCUAGAAUUGUACAAGAAUGAUUUGAUUGGUCCAAUACCAAAGGAACUUGGAGACCUUAAGAACCUCGUCAGCUUGGGUCUCUACCAGAACAACCUCACUGGCUCCAUCCCCGCCACACUGUCCAACCUCUCCAACAUCAAAUUCUUGCGACUCAACAGUAACAAGCUCACCGGAAGAAUACCGAGGGAACUCACUAAGUUGGCAAACCUCAAGAUCUUAGACGUAUCAAACAAUGAUCUAUGUGGCACUUUCCCUACAUCCGGCUCCUUCUCCAAGUUCUCCGAACAAAGUUUCAAGAAUAAUCCAAGACUUAAAGGACCGGAAUUAAUGGGAUUCGUCAGAUAUGAUACCGGAGGAAGCUGCAAAUGAAAGAUUAUAUCUACCAAACACAAUCCCCGAUCAUAGGAAAUGUCUCUUUUCCUUACAUCCAUCUCUAAAUUACUUGCUACUACCACCAUGCAUUGUAUUUCAAUUAGGACCUCGGCAAUCCUUUUCGUGGUUUACAGAUCUGUACAGCUAGUACGGAUGGUUUGGUUUGGGAUGUCUAUUUGUAAUAUAUAGAUAGAUUGAUAUUAAUGAUAAUGAUAAUAAUAGAAGCCAAUUAAAUUUGGGUCUUUGGAU